AGAGUCUUGGCUGGCUCUGCCAAGUGUAACAAACUCACAGCCCUCUCCAGACUGGCUGGGGCUGCUGGGAGACUCCCAAGGAACUCGUCAGGAAGGCGGGAGACAGGAGACGGGACCUCUACAGGGAGAGGGCAGGCCGGCCCUUGGGGGGGCUGAUGUGGCCCCAAGGCUGAGUCCCGUCAGGGUCUGGCCUCGGCCUCAGGCCCCCAAGGAGCCGGCCCUACACCCCAUGGGUUUACCACUGCCCAAGGAGAAAGGGCUAAUUCUCCGCCUAUGGAGCAAGUUCUGCAGAUGGUUCCAGAGACGGGAGUCCUGGGCCCAGAGCCGAGAUGAGCAGAACCUGCUGCAGCAGAAGAGGAUCUGGGAGUCUCCUCUCCUUCUAGCUGCCAAAGAGAAUGAUGUCCAGGCCCUGAACAAGUUGCUCAAGUAUGAGGAUUGCAAGGUGCACCAGAGAGGAGCCAUGGGGGAAACAGCGCUACACAUAGCAGCCCUCUAUGACAACCUGGAGGCCGCCAUGGUGCUGAUGGAGGCUGCCCCGGAGCUGGUCUUUGAGCCCAUGACAUCUGAGCUCUAUGAGGGUCAGACUGCACUGCACAUCGCUGUUGUGAACCAGAACGUGAACCUGGUGCGAGCCCUGCUCACCCGCAGGGCCAGUGUCUCUGCCAGAGCCACAGGCACCGCCUUCCGCCGUAGUCCCCACAACCUCAUCUACUUUGGGGAGCACCCUUUGUCCUUUGCUGCCUGUGUGAACAGCGAGGAGAUCGUGCGGCUGCUCAUUGAACAUGGAGCUGACAUCCGGGCCCAGGACUCUCUGGGAAACACAGUAUUACACAUCCUCAUCCUCCAGCCCAACAAAACCUUUGCCUGCCAGAUGUACAACCUGCUGCUGUCCUACGACAGACAUGGGGACCACCUGCAGCCCCUGGACCUUGUGCCCAAUCACCAGGGUCUCACCCCCUUCAAGCUGGCUGGAGUGGAGGGUAACACUGUGAUGUUCCAGCACCUGAUGCAGAAGCGGAAGCACACCCAGUGGACAUAUGGACCACUGACCUCGACUCUCUAUGACCUCACAGAGAUUGACUCCUCGGGGGAUGAGCAGUCCCUGCUGGAACUUAUCAUCACCACCAAGAAGCGGGAGGCUCGCCAGAUCCUAGACCAGACGCCGGUGAAGGAGCUGGUGAGCCUCAAGUGGAAGCGGUACGGGCGGCCGUACUUCUGCAUACUGGGUGCCAUAUAUCUGCUGUACAUCAUCUGCUUCACCAUGUGCUGCAUCUACCGCCCCCUCAAGCCCAGGACCAAUAACCGCACCAGCCCCCGGGACAACACCCUCUUACAGCAGAAGCUAUUUCAGGAAGCCUACGUGACCCCUAAGGACGACAUCCGGCUGGUGGGGGAGCUGGUGACUGUCAUUGGGGCUAUCAUCAUCCUGCUGGUAGAGAUUCCAGACAUCUUCAGAAUGGGGGUCACUCGCUUCUUUGGACAGACCAUCCUUGGGGGCCCAUUCCAUGUCCUCAUCAUCACCUAUGCCUUCAUGGUGCUGGUGACCAUGGUGAUGCGGCUCAUCAGUGCCAGCGGGGAGGUGGUACCCAUGUCCUUUGCACUCGUGCUGGGCUGGUGCAACGUCAUGUACUUCGCCCGAGGAUUCCAGAUGCUAGGCCCCUUCACCAUCAUGAUUCAGAAGAUGAUUUUUGGUGACCUGAUGCGAUUCUGCUGGCUGAUGGCUGUGGUCAUCCUGGGCUUUGCUUCAGCCUUCUAUAUCAUCUUCCAGACAGAGGACCCCGAGGAGCUAGGCCACUUCUACGACUACCCCAUGGCCCUGUUCAGCACCUUUGAGCUGUUCCUUACCAUCAUCGAUGGCCCAGCCAACUACAACGUGGACCUGCCCUUCAUGUACAGCAUCACCUAUGCUGCCUUUGCCAUCAUCGCCACACUGCUCAUGCUCAACCUCCUCAUUGCCAUGAUGGGCGACACUCACUGGCGAGUGGCACAUGAGCGGGAUGAGCUGUGGAGGGCCCAGAUCGUGGCCACCACGGUGAUGCUGGAGCGGAAGCUGCCUCGCUGCCUGUGGCCUCGCUCCGGGAUCUGCGGACGGGAGUAUGGCCUGGGGGACCGCUGGUUCCUGCGGGUGGAAGACAGGCAAGAUCUCAACCGGCAGCGGAUCCAACGCUACGCACAGGCCUUCCACACCCGGGGCUCUGAGGAUUUGGACAAAGACUCAGUGGACAAACUAGAGCUGGGCUGUCCCUUCAGCCCCCACCUGUCCCUUCCUACGCCCUCAGUGUCUCGAAGUACCUCCCGCAGCAGUGCCAACUGGGAGAGGCUUCGGCAGGGGACCCUGAGGAGAGACCUGCGUGGGAUAAUCAACAGGGGUCUGGAGGACGGGGAGAGCUGGGAAUACCAGAUCUGA